AUGGCGUCCUCCCCGGCGGCGCUGCGCUUCUACUGCCACCAGUGCGACCGCAACGUCUCCAUCGCCCCUCCCGCAUCCCCGGACGCCGACGUCCUCUGCCCCCGCUGCGGCGGCGGAUUCGUCGAGGAGCUUCCUCCCAACCCAACCCCCCCGCCUCCGCCCCCGUCCGCCGCCUUCUUCGCCUCACCCUCCUUCGACCUCCGCCACCCCAGCGACCUCUCCGCCUUCUUCGGCCCCACCUCCCCCGAGCCGCUCGCCCAAGGCCACUUCGACCCCUCCAACUUCCUCCACGACCACUUCGGCGGCCUCCUCUCCGGCGGCGCCACCAUCCAGAUCGUCCUCGAGGGUGGGCCCGCCCUCGCCCCGCCCCUGGGCCUCAACCUCGCCGACUACUUCGUCGGCUCCGCCGGCCUCGAGCAGCUCAUCCAGCAACUCGCCGAGAACGACCCCAACCGCUACGGCACUCCUCCCGCCGCCAAAUCCGCCGUCGCCUCGCUCCCUGAUGUUGCUGUGUCAGCCGACAUGAUGCAGGCCGACGGCGGCGCCCAGUGCGCCGUCUGCAUGGACGACUUCCACCUCGGCGCCGCCGCCAAGCAGCUCCCCUGCAAACACGUCUUCCACAAGGACUGCAUCCUCCCGUGGCUCGACCUCCACAGCUCCUGCCCGGUCUGCCGCUUCGAGCUGCCCACCGACGAUCCCGACAACAACCACACCCACCAGCAGCAGCACGCCGCGUCUCCAGCUCCCGCUCCCUCGGCCACCUCCCCCAGGGUGGCUGAGCGGAGGUUCAGGAUUUCACUGCCCUGGCCUCUCAGGGUCGCCUUUGGUGCUGCCCAGGCAGAGAGCAGCAAUCCCAACAACGAUGACGCGCCUCCGUCUGGGUCUGGCGGCAACGAUAAUGACAACGAUGCAGGUGGUGGCCCUCAAUCUCAUACUGGAUACGAUGAUCUUGACUGA